CGCAAGAUGAUUUCUGCAAUUGGCACAUUUUGGAACCCUAUAGUAAUAUAUGGUGAGUUAGGAAUGGAAGUAACGAGGCUAUUAGAAGCCGAAACAGUUAAACUGUAGAAUUGGUAGGCAACCUCUGGAUGGUUACAUAGUGAGACACUAUCAGUGGCGGAUCCAGGGGGUGGCCACCCCGAGCCCCGGCCCAGCCUUCUUUUGGAUCCGGCAUUAGUGUAGUCCUUAUGAAUUUUUCAAUAUUAGACAUCCGGCUCAGUGUUAUUUUAUAAUAAGAUUGGGUAUAACUAGGAAAAUAAUUUAAACUAACAUUUUCCAAUCAUUAUUCUAUUUAGACUAGAAAUUCUAGCCCCAAAGAUAGUUCGUCUAAAAAAACAACGAAAUCUGAAAGUCUAAAACGUAAAAGACUAGAAGAAAUAUGAGGUUUUUCCCUUGAAAAUUUACUAGAGUAGUUGGUGAAUCUAGGGAUGGACACACAAUGCACGAUUGAUUUGUCUAGUGUUGACGCUGCUCGUUUCAACAGCUUCUACCGGGAGAACUUUUUCAAAAAAAUGAAACAUAAAAUGAGCGAUGAAUUUCUCGCCGAUUGCUCAAGUAUUUUAUUUGAAACAGUUUAUAUUAUUGGUAUGGACGUGGACUCCAUUAUUGUUGCAUUCGCUAAAUUAAAAUACGAUAGUCUACAAUUUAUAUUUCAAAAAAUAAUCAUUAUAUUUGUUUACGGUUUUAAUUUUUUAAUGAAAUGCGGCCCACUGCUCUUCUGAGUUCUAGAUCCGCCGCUGGACACUAUGAUACGCAGAAGGAGAUUCAUCUGCACGAGAAGUAGUGACACAGAGUCAUAGAAGGAUUAGGAUGAACUGUAGCUAGAGGGUCAGUUGAAAAGGACGAGAAAUGUUGACAUAGAUGAAAUGGUUCUCACUUUUCUACUCAUUAUUGCCCAUAACGACAAAAAUAGGAGUAUAGCUGUUGAUUUGCGUACCUAGUGAGACCAACAAGCAGUGCAACAUGAAACGUACCUAUAGAGAGACGGCUUGUUGAAAUGAUGUGCCCAAUCGGUUUCACCCAAAUUGAACUUGUUCAAGUAGUGGCUUUAACCUAGAGCUAGUUUGAGAGAUACUGCUGCCUUUGCUUUCCUGUAAUUUCGUUCAUCUAGAUGCUUGCUGCAUUGUAGGAAAAUGGUGGGACUUUCGCUGGGGGAGAAGCAUUUCAUUAAGGGGGGCAUCGAUCAGAACAUCCGUAGUGAUGGCCGGAAGAGAGACUAUUACAGGCCGAUUUUUGUCAAAACUGGUGUAAUUCCUCAGGCAAAUGGCUCUGCUCGUGUUCGAAUGGGGGCAACUGAAGUUAUUGCCAGUGUGAAGGCAGAGCUCGGAAAGCCAAGUGCUUUGCACCCUGACAAAGGCAAAGUCGCCAUAUUCGUUGAUUGUAGUGCUGUUGCUGAACCGACAUUCGAGGGAAGAGGGGCCGAGGAGUUAUCGGCUGAACUGUCAGUUGCCCUUGAACGCUGCCUCUUAGGUGGCACAAGUGGAGCAGGUGCAGGAAUCGAUUUGACUUCCUUGAUUGUAGCAGAAGGAAAGAUUUGUUGGGAUCUGUAUAUCGACAGCCUUGUCAUUAGUUCUGAUGGGAAUCUACUUGAUGCCUUAGGUGCUUCCAUUAAGGCUGCCUUGGCUAAUACCGCCAUCCCGAAAGUCAACAUCUCAGCUGCUGCAUCAGCAGAUGAACAGCCGGAGGUGGACAUAAGCGACGAAGAGUUUCUACAAUUUGAUACUUCUGCAGUCCCUGUAAUAAUCACGCUAACACAGGUAGGGAGGCACUAUAUUGUGGACGCAACAUCAGAGGAGGAACCCCACAUGAGCUCUGCGGUUUCCAUUUCCGUCAAUCGUAAAGGGCACGUUUGCGGGUUGACCAAGCGAGGAGGUGAAGGCCUUGAUCCCAGCGUUGUUUCUGAUAUGAUUUCGGUUGCUCAACACUUGAGCGAACUGCUGAUGAGCAGAUUGGAUUCUGAAAUCUCAGCAGCAGAGGCCGAAAUUGGAGACGACGAAGAAUCGUGAUGCUGACGAGACUUCGAGAACCAGUUUUGACAUUUAGUUAUCUAAUGAUCAUUUUUAAGAUUGCUGUACUUCGAGAACCAAAGUUAAACUGUUUUCUAUGGGCAAAAUUGUCCAUUUUGGUCCAGUAUCUGAUCACAUUCAUCCGUGCAGAUUAUUGUCAGUGGUUAGCACAUGUCAACAACUAUCUCAUCUCAAGCCAAGUUUAAUCAAAAAUGGCGUUGUCGUAUAGUGACAAUCAAUGUCGUAUUCACUCGGUUCCUGAUACCCUAGCCUACUUCCCACGUUAUUGUUAUCUAACCGAUCGGUUUAAGGGGUUUGUGUUGGAGGAUAUGAGCGAACUAAUUAGUCUAGAGAUCAAAUAAAGAUAAAAGCAGGUA